GCCCGGAUAGUCUAGAUUUCUGAUCGAGCAACACCAAACAAAAACCCUAACAAAUACUUCUCAUUCACUUCUGUCAUCGCCGUUAGCAAAUACUCUGCAUCCUUGUCUCCUCUACAAGCCUUGUAACUCAGUGAAAAAGGUUCGAGCUUCAGAAAAUAAUGGCAGCCUUCCCCAACCUUAACUCUGCUGCUGGAUUGAAGAAGCUCGAUGAGCAUCUUCUCACUCGCAGUUACAUCACUGGCUACCAGGCUUCAAAGGAUGACAUCACUGUCUUUGCUGCUCUUGCAAAGCCCCCAACUUCACAGUAUGUGAACGCUUCUCGUUGGUACAACCACAUUGAUGCCCUCUUGAGGAUCUCCGGUGUAUCUGGUGAAGGAAGUGGUGUCAUUGUUGAGGGAUCAGCUCCAAUCACAGAAGAGGCUGUUGCUACUCCCCCUGCAGCUGAUUCCAAGGAUGCGGCUGAUGAAGAUGAUGAUGAUGUUGACCUUUUCGGCGAGGAGACCGAAGAGGAAAAGAAAGCUGCUGAAGAGAGAGCAGCUUCUGUCAAGGCAUCUACAAAGAAGAAGGAAUCUGGAAAGUCAUCAGUUUUGAUUGAUAUCAAGCCAUGGGAUGAUGAGACCGACAUGAAGAAGCUAGAGGAGGCUGUGAGGUCUAUUGAGAUGGAAGGAUUAUUCUGGGGAGCAUCAAAGCUUGUGCCCGUUGGUUACGGUAUCAAGAAGUUGCAGAUCAUGGCCACCAUUGUUGAUGACCUUGUGUCUAUCGACACCAUGAUCGAAGAGCAACUCACUGUUGAGCCUAUCAAUGAGUACGUUCAGAGCUGUGACAUUGUUGCCUUCAACAAGAUAUGAGGAUGGAGAAAGCUUCAAGGAAGAUCUAUGUGUUUGCGCAGUCUGCUUCUUUUUGUUCUUCUAUAUUGAGUUUCCCAAGUCUCUCCAGACUGUUGUUUUGAUUCUGCUAUGGCUUUUGCCAUCACUGUUUGAUUUUGAUAUUUUAUAAAGAGCGACAAUUCAGUAUUUGCUUUCAAGUUUUCACUCAAAUUGUUUCUUUAUCAGA